AUGCAGUUUACAAUAAACCAGAUACCAGCCAAGAAUACAUUUGCCGUUCGAGAUACAAUAGACAUAACUUAUUCAAUUGAAGGCUGCGGCCAAAUAUCAAUUGUUCAAGAUAUUACAGGCAAAGGUCAAAGUGAAGUCCAAAUUAAUAAUCUUGCUGAAGAAGGCGCAGUAGCAAACAAUCAAAAGUAUUCAGUACCUAUCACAGAAGAUAUGAAGAUGGGUUCUAAAACUCUUACAUAUUAUGCCAAAGAUACUCAUGGAGUAAGCUCAACUCCAGAAACAUUUGAUUUCUUUGUUCUCAAUCCCACAACAUUUGGUGAAAUUAAGUUAACAAGAACUAAUGCUACAGCUGGAACAAGUAUAACACUCACUGGAAAGUUCACAGAUAUAGAUCAGGGAAAGAACAUUCAGUUCAAAUUGAAAUUUAAAGAUGGCACAGAAUUUUCAACAGAAAAUGAUGUAGUAUCAGAUCCAUCACAGAAUCCACAAACUUUUUCAAUUACUUUCGAAGUUCCACAGCUAGAACUUAAACAAUAUGAGCUCGAGGUUUACUGCAUUGAAAAAACAAAGAACUCAAAAACCACUCGCCAAGAAAAAGUGCCAUUUACAAUCACAAAAGCACCAUCUAUUACAUUGACUCCUCCACAAGAUCAACAAAAUAUUUUCGGACAAGGCGACAUUGUGACAUUUACAGUAACAGUUGAUGAUGACACAAAUGGAAAGGUAGUUUAUAAUGAUGGUUUAGGAGAAAAAACAAUUAAUUAUCCAUUCGAUGAUGGCACAAAAACUAAGGCUAUUCCUGUUACAAUCACUAGUGAAUAUAAAUAUAAUACUCAAUAUCAAUUUACUGCAAAAGUUAUUGAUGAAUUCGAUUAUGAAGCAGCAGUAAACAAACCAUUCCCAUUCCAAAUCAGAAGCAAACCAAAAAUAGAUAAAGUUGAAAAUACUCAAAAGUUAUCUCCAGGUGCAGACGUUGAUUUCACAAUCACAUUUACUGACAAAGACAAUGGAAAGUGGUUAAAUUUCUAUGUGAAAGAUCUGACUGAUGGUUCAAUAAGAAAUAUAGGAACGAAAAAAUCUAAUGGUGGAACGCAAAUAUUUGGAUCUGAACUAACUAAUGGAUAUAGGAAAACAGGAGUUCAUAAUUUGGAAGUUUAUGCAACAUCAGAUAAUAGCCAUAACGACGAUAAAAAUGUCAAAUCCGAUAAUUUCCAAACUUCAGUAAAAAUUGUAGUUCAGCCAGAAGUUGAGAUAUCUUGGAAAGGUGAAAUAUUUGCCCUUGACGAACAAAUAGAGAUUACAGUGAAAGUUACCGAUGAUGGCUCAGGAAUCAGAAUUUGA